AUGGCGGAACAGGACAACAUGCAGUCAAUCAGCGCCGAUGAAAUCGCACUGUAUGACAGACAGAUCCGACUCUGGGGCGUCCAAGCCCAAGAAAAGAUCCGCUCGGCGAACAUCCUCCUGAUCUCUGUCAAAGCCCUGGCAAAUGAGGUGGCCAAGAACCUCGUUUUGGCGGGCAUCGGCUCUCUCACAAUCCUCGACCACCAGGACGUCGCGGAGGAGGAUCUGGGUGCGCAGUUCUUCAUCACCGAGGCGCAAAGCGAAGGAGACAUGAUUGGCAAAAAGCGUGCACAAGUCGCAGGACCUCAGAUCCACAAGAUGAACCCGCGCGUGAAGCUUAACAUCGACACCGACGACGUCAAAACGAAACAACCCGACUUCUUUGCGCAAUUUGAUCUCACAAUUGCCACUGAACAAGACUUCCUCACAAAUACCACUAUCAAUGCUGCCUGUCGCUUGGCCAACAGACCAUUCUACGCAGCCGGGCUACACGGAUUCUACGGAUACGCUUUCGCCGAUCUAAUCAGCCAUGACUUUGUGAUCGAGCGCGCCAAGUCCAACAUGGACACCACGACCCAGGAAACACCCACCCGCAGCAUAAUUUCUAUAAGCACCAAGAAAGAAAACGACAAGGCCAUCGAGCUCGUCACAAAGCGGGAGAUCUACUCUCCUCUCAUCCUGGCAAACACAUCACCCCUCCCAGAAGAAUACACCCGUCUUCCCCGCCGCCGCAAGCAAGUAACCCCGCUACUCAGCUGUCUACGCGCACUCUGGGAGUUCGAGAAAAUGCUCGGCCGCCGCCCAACAUUCACACACGAGGAUCUGGAACUCUUCACCAAACUGUCCCGCGACAGACACCAGGAACUAAAACUCGAGCCUGUCACUCUUGAAGCUGGGUUCCUGCGCACAUUCUUACAGAACCUUGGCAGUGAGUUGAGUCCCGUUGCUGCGUUCCUCGGUGGAGCCCUAGCACAGGAUGUGAUCAAUGUUCUUUCGGCUAGGGAGCAGCCAUUGCAGAAUAUGCUACUGUUCGAUGGCGAGAAGUCCGUUGGUCCUAUCUAUCCGCUGCACCCAUUCUUCCCUGAUCUCGGUGCUGGAGCUGAGAUGGCUGCUGCUGCACCUGUUCGGAAUCCGGUGACUGUUCCUGUUGAUGGGAGUGUUCCUCAAAGUGGGCAGUAG